AUGGCUUCCAGACAGCAGCUCCUGAGACUGACCGAGGAGGCAGUUUGUCCCAUUUGUCUGGAUUUCUUCACUGAUCCGCUUACACUGGAGUGCGGACACAACUUCUGCCGCUCCUGUAUCACCCAAAGUUGGGAAAAGAAGGAAAUAAACUCCUGCCCGGAAUGUCGAGAGGAAUUUCCGGAAAGAAACCUCAGGGUAAAUCGGGCCUUAGCGAAUCUGGCCGAGGGGGCUCGAAAGUUAAAAUUGGAUCCGAAAGAGAAGGAAAGUAAACCUCACUGUGAGAAACAUCAGAUAGAACUGGAGCUGUUUUGUGAAACUGACAGGAAAUUGAUCUGUCUGAUUUGUAGAGAUUCGCGGGAACACAAAAGUCACGACUUCCGGCCGGUCAACGAAGCUGUUGAAAUCUACAAGGAUAAGCUGAAAUCUUCCUUAGAUUCUCUCACAGAGAAGAAAUCGGCGGUUCUACAAACGGAACUGACCCAGAAACGGAAGAUUUCCGAAGUGAGGGAACAGGCGAGCAGUCUGCAGACCUACAUCACAUCCGAGUUCACUAAAAUGCACCAGAUUCUCACUGAGAAAGAGCAGCGUUUACUCAGAGAUCUCAGGGAAGAAGAGGAGAGGAUUGUAGAACUAAUGGAGAAAUCCCUUCGAGAGAUUCAGGAGAAUUUAAAUUCCAUUGAGGAGGAACUCUCAAAGUUGCAGAAACAGAUGGAGCGAAAAGACGAGUUGAUCUUUCUGAAGGAGGAAGCUUGUCGGAAGAGAAGGAUUGAUGUUGAGGAGAAGACACUCUGAGCUGCUGAUGGCUCUCUGUCUCUCGGACAGUUCACUGGCCUUUUACCGUACACAGUCUGGAGAGAAAUGAUUCACACUAUUC